AUGGACACAGACAUGGACUGUCCGUUCCCAGACUGUCCCACGGACAUGGACAUAAAAUUUUUAUGUCUAGGACAUUUGGACAUAAUUCCGAAAGAUUUAUUAUUAGGGAGAUAUUUUACGGUAUAUCUUGAAGCGAAUAGUCCGGUUUCAAAAAAGGCAA